AGCAGCAGCAGCAGGCUUUUGGGUACAGGAUGAUGGAGACCGAGAGACUCGUGUUACCGCCCUCUGAUCCCCUGGACUUGCCCCUUCGGGCAGUGGAACUAGGAUGCACGGGGCACUGGGAACUGCUGAAUGAGCCUGGCGCUCCAGAGAGCACCCUUCCCCAUGGCCUCCCUCCUUGCGCCCCAGAUCUGCAACAAGAAGCAGAGCAGUUGUUCCUUUCAUCUCCAGCCUGGCUACCUCUGCAUGGAGUGGAGCAUGCUGCCCGAAAAUGGCAGAGGAAAAUGGAUCCCUGGUCUCUUCUGGUCUCCUUGGGUGCCCCAGUCCCCUCGGAUCUACAGGCCCAAAGACACCCGACCACAGGCCAGAUACUGGACUUUAAAGAGGUGUUGCUGGAGAAUACAAACCUGUCAGCUACCACAUCCUUAUCUCUUCGCCGACCCCCAGGACCCACCUCACAGUCGCUGUGGGGAAAUCCCACACAAUACCCUUUCUGGCCAGGUGGAAUGGAUGAGCCUACCCUAACAGAUCUGAGCACUCGGGAGGAGGCUGAGGAGGAGAUAGACUUUGAGAAAGAUCUUUUGACUGUCCCCCCUGGCUUCAAGAAAGGUGUGGAUUUUGCACCAAAGGAUCACUCGCCUUCAGUUCCUGGGCUGCUCAGCCUCAGUCGUUUGCUGGAACCCCUGGAUUUGGGUUUGGGCAAUGAAGACGAAACUGAGACAGUGGGGCAGCCAGGAGGUCCCAGAGAGACCAUGGUGCCAGCCUCUCCUGGCAGUGCACCCCUGGCCCGAGCAAGCAGUUUAGAGGACCUAGUAUUGAAGGAAGCUUCCACAGUGGUGUCUCCUGAAGAGCCCCCUAAACCCCAACCUCAGGAGCAGUGGGCCAUUCCUGUGGAUGUCACCUCCCCUGUUGGUGAUUUCUACCGCAUCAUUCCCCAGCCAGCCUUCCAGUGGCCCUUUGAGCCAGAUGUGUUUCAGAAACAGGCCAUUCUGCACUUGGAGCGGCAUGACUCUGUCUUUGUUGCAGCGCACACGUCUGCCGGGAAGACAGUUGUGGCCGAAUAUGCCAUUGCCCUUGCCCAGAAACACAUGACACGCACCAUCUAUACUUCACCCAUCAAGGCUUUGAGCAACCAGAAGUUCCGAGACUUCCGAAACACAUUUGGGGAUGUGGGGCUGCUCACUGGAGACGUACAGCUGCACCCAGAGGCCUCCUGCCUCAUCAUGACAACAGAGAUUCUCCGCUCCAUGCUGUACAGCGGCUCAGAUGUCAUCCGGGACCUGGAGUGGGUCAUCUUUGAUGAGGUUCACUAUAUCAAUGAUGCCGAGCGUGGGGUCGUGUGGGAGGAGGUGCUCAUAAUGCUUCCUGACCAUGUCUCCAUCAUCCUUCUGAGUGCCACUGUUCCCAAUGCCCUGGAAUUUGCUGACUGGAUUGGGCGACUGAAACGACGCCAGAUCUAUGUGAUCAGCACGGUGGCCCGCCCUGUCCCCCUGGAGCAUUUUCUUUUCACAGGAAAUAGCCCUAAGACCCAGGGGGAACUCUUCCUGCUUUUGGACUCCCGAGGUGCUUUCCACACAAAGGGGUACUAUGCUGCUGUGGAGGCCAAGAAGGAGAGGAUGAGUAAACAUGCCCAGAGCUUUGGGGCCAAGCAGCCCAUGCACCAAGGGGGCCCUGCCCAGGACCGCGGUGUGUACCUGUCCCUUCUGGCCUCCCUCCGCACCCGUGCACAAUUGCCUGUGGUGGUGUUUACCUUCUCCCGAGGCCGCUGUGAUGAGCAGGCUUCAGGCCUCACCUCCUUGGACCUCACCACGGGCUCAGAGAAGAGUGAGAUUCACCUUUUCCUGCAACGUUGCCUUGCGCGCCUCCGUGGCUCUGAUCGACAGUUGCCCCAGGUCCUACACAUAUCUGAGCUCCUACACCGUGGCCUGGGUGUGCACCACAGUGGGAUCCUGCCCAUCCUCAAGGAGAUUGUGGAGAUGCUCUUCAGCCGAGGCCUGGUCAAGGUCUUGUUUGCCACAGAGACCUUUGCCAUGGGCGUGAACAUGCCAGCACGAACAGUGGUGUUUGAUUCCAUGCGCAAGCACGAUGGCUCCACCUUCCGGGACCUGCUGCCAGGAGAAUAUGUGCAGAUGGCAGGCCGGGCAGGCCGGAGGGGCCUGGAUCCCACAGGCACUGUCAUCCUGCUUUGCAAGGGCCGUGUGCCCGAGAUGGCCGACCUGCACCGCAUGAUGAUGGGGAAGCCGUCCCAGCUACAGUCCCAAUUCCGCCUCACCUAUACCAUGAUCCUCAACCUGCUGCGAGUGGAUGCCCUGAGGGUGGAGGAUAUGAUGAAAAGGAGUUUCUCUGAAUUUCCAUCCCGCAAGGACAGCAAGGCCCAUGAACAGACCCUGGCAGAACUGACUAAGAAGUUGGGGACCUUGGAGGAACCUGAUGUGACUGGCCAACUGGGUGACCUGCCAGAGUAUUACAGCUGGGGGGAGGAGCUGACAGACACACGGAACAUGAUCCAGCGGCACAUCAUUGAAUCUGUGAAUGGGCUGAAAUCUCUUUCAGCUGGAAGGGUGGUGGUUGUAAAGAAUCAGGAGCAUCGCAAUGCCUUGGGUGUGAUCCUGCAGGUCUCCUCAAACUCCAGCAGCCGAGUAUUCACAACCCUGGUCUUGUGUGAGAAGCCCACGGCUAAGGAUCCCCAGGAAAGGGAACAGGCCACUCCAAAUGUACCCUACCCAGAUGACCUUGUGGGAUUCAAGCUUUUCCUGCCUGAAGGGCCAUGUGACCAUACUGUGGCCAAGCUCCAGCCAGCAGAUGUGGCAGCCAUCACCACCAAGGUGCUCCGGGUGAAUGGGGAGAAGAUUCUGGAGGACUUCACCAAGAGGCAGCAACCAAAAUUCAAGAAGGACCCCCCCUAUGCUGCCGUGACCACUGCUGUGCAAGAAUUGCUGCGUCUGGCCCAAGCCUACCCCACUGGACCCCCUACCCUGGACCCUGUCAAUGACCUGCAACUCAAGGAUGUGUCAGUGGUUGAGGGGGGGCUCCGGGCCCGGAAGCUGGAGGAGCUGAUCAGGGGGGCCCAGUGUGUGCAUAGCCCCCGCUUCCCAGCCCAGUACAUGAAGUUGCAUGAGCGGAUGCAGAUUCAGAAGGAGAUGGAUCGGCUUCGCUUCCUGCUGUCGGAUCAGUCGCUGCUGCUGUUGCCCGAGUACCACCAGCGAGUUGAGGUGCUCCAAACCCUGGGCUAUGUCGACGAGGCGGGCACUGUGAAGCUGGCAGGGCGGGUGGCCUGUGCCAUGAGCAGCCAUGAGCUGCUUCUCACCGAGCUCAUGUUCGACAAUGCACUGAGUGCCCUGCGGCCGGAGGAGAUAGCAGCCCUGCUGUCCGGGCUGGUCUGCCAGAGCUCCGGGGACCCUGGGGAUCAACUCCCCAGCAUCCUCAAACAGGGCAUGGAUCGUGUCCGGGCUGUGGCCAAGCGGAUUGGGGAGGUCCAGGUGGCCUGUGGGCUGAACCAGACGGUGGAGGAGUAUGUGGGGGAGCUGAAUUUUGGGCUGGUCGAAGUUGUGUACGAGUGGGCCCGAGGCAUGCCCUUCUCCGAGCUGGCCGGGCUCUCUGGGACCCCCGAGGGCCUAGUGGUCCGCUGUAUCCAGCGCCUGGCAGAGAUGUGCCGCUCCCUGAGGGGGGCAGCCCGCCUGGUAGGGGAGCCUGUGCUCGGGGCCAAGAUGGAGACAGCAGCCACCCUGCUACGGAGGGACAUCGUCUUUGCUGCCAGCCUCUACACCCAGUGAAUGAUCUCUGUGAAAGUACAAUAAUAAAACAGCAAACCAUG